AUGGAAUUUCAAGAAACCUUCAUGGAAUCUUCUGUUCUGGACUUUGUUGCAGAAUCAGAGUUUGCUCUGUCUUCGCCAGGAUCAGACCAGAUCGAAGUCAAUUCGCCGCACCGUGUGGACCUUUGUGACAGGUUGUGUGAUCUGGCUGGGAUACGCGCCUUUACCGACCACUCAGUUCCAUUUGGAGGCGACAAGGAGUAUGUGGAUUUGCUUGGGGACCAAGCAACAGCCUUUAAGAUGGGAUCUAUCAAUUCCCUGAUGGUCAGACCCAAAAGGAAACGCGUGAUCACUUAUGCCCAGCGCCAGGCUGCUAACGUCAGGGAGAGGAAAAGAAUGUUCAGUCUGAAUGAAGCAUUUGAUCAGUUAAGGAAAAGGGUGCCUACUUUUGCUUAUGAGAAACGGCUGUCUAGGAUUGAAACUCUACGUCUUGCCAUUGUCUAUAUCUCGUUUAUGACGGAACUUUUGGAUAAUAAAGAAAAAAAUCCAACUUCAGAAUAAUGUUUUGUUUUUCACCACGGAAAGGAAUCUUCAUCCUCUUGGUCUUGCUAGAUGGUAUGUGACUUACACCCCAAAUCAUCGUGGAGAUUCCGGAUCCUACAAUGCUACUGUAUGUUACUGUAAAUACUUGAUGUACGGUGGACCAUUUAAGCGUUUAAAUAUAAUUAUAUUUUCUCAAGACCCUAAUAGGUAUAUCUUCAAACUUGUAUGUGCUUAAAUUUGUGACCGUCAAAAUACAGAGGAUUUAGGAAAAUUAGAACCGAUAACGCAACA